CCUUGCUCCUUUCUCUUCCUCUGCAAUUCUGAGAUCGCGACUCUUCUUCUUUGUCCUGCAUCUUCAACCACCGUCCACAACAAUGUACCAAUAAUCGCCUCUUCCUUCACCAUUACUGCCACUGAAAAACCCACUUUCUUUAACAAUCCCUCCUUUCCUCUUUACGAAACCAUUUCAAUUUUGAUCAACGAAACUCGUGGUUAACUCCAUUUCUGUUUCUGGGAUUGGUGGAUGCUUCUAGAAGAGGAACCGUCCACAAUUUCCACUGUGGGGUCAAAUCCAUGGCUGCUUCUGGGUUCCUCCAGAAGUCAGAGGAGUGUCGUGCGAUUUUGCUAACUGAGCAGUUUUGGAUUUUGAAACAGAAAGGCAGAGAAAUGUAGGAUUUAAUCUUGGGAUUUUUGAGCGUUUUGAAAUUCAAUUGUUUGGUAUGAAUGAAGAUGGUAUUCAAAUCCAAGAUAAAAUGGAUAGCUUUGUUAGUAUUGAUACUAUCGACGGGAUCUCUUGUCAUUCACCUCUCCAUAACCAAGUUUUCGGGUUAUAAUUGGGUUCCUUAUGCUCCAAAGAAGGACUCUGUUAUCAAUUUCCCUCCUUUAGCAGAGACACAGAGUGUUAGAUAUAUUAGUAAUAAGAGGUUAUGGGGGGUUGUGAAGCCUUUACGGCCAUUGCAGCCUUAUUCCAAUCCAAGAAGCAACUAUCCUGUUCCCAAUGAAAAGAACAAUGGUUAUAUUUAUGCGAAAAUAUUUGGUGGAUUUGAGAAGAUAAGAUCUUCGAUCUGUGAUCUUGUCACCAUAUCCAGACUUCUAAAUGCUACUCUUGUCAUUCCAGAAAUUCAAGAAAGUCUUCGGUCAAAAGGCAUUAGUAAUGAAUUCAAGAGUUUUUCUUAUCUCUAUGAUGAGGAGCAGUUCAUUGCAUCACUUAAAAAGGAUGUAAUCAUUGUGAAGAGCCUGCCGGAGAAUUUGAAGGCAGCCAGGAAAAGGAAUGAGUUCCCAACAUUUAAGCCCAAAGCUUCUGCUUCUCCAAAUUUUUAUAUUAAAGAAAUUUUGCCCAAGUUAAGGAAAGCCAAGGUUAUUGGACUAGUGGUUGCUGAUGGAGGAUGCUUGCAGUCAAUCCUUCCACCUAGCAUGUAUGAGUUUCAGAGGCUUAGAUGCAGAGUUGCUUUUCAUGCUCUUCAAUUUCGCUUGGAAAUUCAAGUGCUUGGUCAUAAGAUUGUUGAGAGGUUAAGAGCAUGGGGUCAGCCUUUCCUUGCAUUUCAUCCUGGUUUGGUGAGGGACAUAUUGGCCUAUCAUGGUUGUGCAGAACUUUUCCAGGAUGUUCACACUGAACUCAUACAAUAUCGAAGGGACCAGAUGAUCAAGCGAGGGAUUCUUAAUGAAGAGCUGAGUGUAGAUUCGCAUUCACGUAGAGAAAAUGGGUCAUGCCCUCUCAUGCCAGAAGAGGUUGGACUUCUUCUCCGAGCAAUGGGCUAUCCUCCCAAAACAACAAUAUAUGUGGCAGGUUCUGAAACUUUUGGUGGUCAACGUGUUCUGAUCCCUCUUCGUGCCAUGUUUGCUAAUGCUAUAGAUCGCACAUCAGUGUGCAGCAAGGAAGAGUUGUUUAAAUUGCUUGGUCCUGAGGCACUUCUUCCUGAACAUUCAUUUCAAUUUCCUCCUCCAAAAAGUGAUGAACAACUUAAAGAAGAGUGGAAGAAGGCAGGUCCUCGGCCUCGGCCCUUUCCUCCACCUCCGGACAGACCCAUAUAUCGACACGAGAAAGAAGGCUGGUAUGGUUGGAUCACUCAGUCUGAUGCUGAACCAGACCCUUCACCAAUGGAUUUGAGGAUGCAAGCACACAGGUUAAUCUGGGAUGCUCUUGAUUACAUCGUCUCUGUAGAAGCAGAUGCAUUCUUUCCUGGUUUUAAUAAUGAUGGGAGUGGGUGGCCAGAUUUCUCAAGCUUGGUCAUGGGACAGCGACUAUAUGAAAGUGCUGCUUCUAGAACAUAUCGACCAGACAGGAGAAUUGUUGAAAAUUUUUUUAACAUUAUCCGUGACAGUAUGUAUCAUCCACGACAUAAUUGGACACUUUCUGUGAGGGAACAUCUAAAUAAAAGCUUGGGAGAAGAUGGCCUAAUCAGGCAAUCCCUUCUGUCGAAACCAAACUCGUUUCUAUCACAUCCCCUCCCUGAAUGCUCAUGUAGAAUUUCAUCUACUGAGUUUCUAGCUCCACUGGAGGGUAAGGAUGGUCGGUAUCUAUAUGGAGGCGAGGAUGAAUGCCCAGAAUGGAUGCAACAUGGACAGGAAGCUAGUCCAUUGGAGUCAGCGGGCGCAGAAGGGGUUAAAAAUGAUGAUAAUGAGCCUGAUUAUGAGAAUGAUGUGAUUCCACAAGAAUCUGAUAACACUGGCGGUAAGAGUAGCUUUACUUCACCUAUGGAUCUGGAUGAUGAAUGGGACCCUAAUGACUAGAGAUGGACGUGAGAAUGACCACAUCUAUUCUGAAAUUGGUAAUCGCUUGCAGAAUGGGAAAUUUUGGGGAGAAGAGGCAUAAUUCGGAGAUUUUUUUUUUUUUUGUAUCUUAGUCUUUUUUUGAGGGAAAUAAUUCAGAUUUAUUCUUUUUCCUAGUAGAUUCAAGUAUUUGUUCAGUUACAGAAAAAGAAAACAGAUUGAAUACGUUGAUACGACAUACUGACUUUUCAAACACCACAGCAGUGAGAAUGGUUGAUGGGGCUUAGACUGACUAGCCAAUUGCAGCAUGUAAUGGAGACUUGUUAAUAUUAUCGAAGAUGGAGAAAGUUGGAGUGCAGUGGGUGGAUGUUGUAUUAUGCUGGUAGCAGUCGGUUCCGCUUGAUCAUUUGAGUAGUGAUUUGUUUCUGUUCUUUGUAAACCUGCAUUUUUUUUUAAUGAGUGUAAAGUUAUUUCAAAAAGAAAACAAAUUGAUGGAAGAGUUUCAGAAUUAUAGUUAUAAUCCCAUUUAAUUGUUGAUUGGAUUUUGUA